CCAUUAUAUUCAAACAACUCAAUUCAUCAUAUACAUAUACAUAGCUAGUGACAGAGUUGGAGAAAAUAUUGGACAUGUAAAAGACACAAACCAAUUAAGAAAAACACAUGGAUUUGUUUAGGUUCUUUUUGUUCUUCAUACUUUGUAAAGGUUUAGCUGUAGCAGGCUUGGCAUUCAACUGGGGAACGCGCUCAACGCAUCCUCUCUCACCCAACAUAGUGGUGAAGUUGAUGAAGGAGAAUGGCGUCGACAAAGUGAAGCUCUUUGAAGCCGAGGCCGGACCAUUGAAGGCUCUUGGCAAUUCUGGUAUCCAGGUUAUGCUUGGAAUACCCAAUGAGUUCUUAGCACCACUUGCAAAUAGUGUUGGUGCUGCUGAACAAUGGGUGUCCCAAAAUGUUUCCUCCUAUAUAUCCAAGAGUGGGGUUGAUAUAAGGUAUGUGGCAGUUGGCAAUGAACCUUUCCUAAAGACCUACAAAGACAAGUUCCUACAAACAACAUUUCCGGCACUCAAGAACAUUCAAGCUGCCCUGAUCAAAGCCGGUUUAGGCCGGCAGGUGAAGGUCACCGUCCCGUUAAACGCUGACGUGUACCAGUCCGACAACAGCAGCUUGCCCUCAGGCGGUGAUUUCCGAUCCGAUAUCCGGACUCUCAUGAUCUCUAUCAUCAAAUUCCUAAGUGACAGUGGUUCUCCCCUCACCAUCAACAUCUACCCAUUCCUCAGUCUAUAUGCAGACACCCAUUUCCCCAUUGACUUUGCCUUCUUCUCGGGCACCUCUUCCCCUGUUGUUGACGGCCCAAUCUCCUACACCAAUGUUUUCGACGCCAACUACGACACACUCAUUUGGGCUCUAGAAAAAAAUGGCUUCCCAUCAAUGCCUGUCAUCAUAGGAGAAGUUGGGUGGCCAAGUGAUGGUGAUCCUAAUGCAAACUUGCAGUAUGCUCGUAAGUUCAAUCAAGGUCUAAUCAACCGUAUAAUUCAAGGACAGGGUACCCCAAAAAGGUCAACCCCACCUGACAUUUAUUUUUUUGGUCUCAUUGAUGAGGAUGCCAAGAGCAUUGAUCCUGGAAAUUUUGAGAGGCAUUGGGGCGUCUUUUACUUUGAUGGAGCAAUCAAGUACCCUCUGAAUUUGGGUAAUAAUCGAAGUCUUGUGGCGGCGAAAGGGGUGAGGUAUCUGGCUAGACAAUGGUGUGUAAUGGCUCCUGGAGCUAAUAUUUUGGACCCCAAUUUGCCAGAGAGCAUCAACACUGCAUGUACUUAUGCAGAUUGCACUAGUCUUGGACAAGGGUCGACUUGUGGUGGUCUUGAUGUUAGGACCAAUGCUUCAUAUGCUUUUAACGCGUAUUAUCAGACCAUGAAUCAACAGAAAGGAUCUUGCAAUUUCUCUAACUUGGGUGUCAUCACCACUAUUGAUCCAACUCCAGGAAAUGGGACGUGUCGAUUUGGGAUCAUGAUUGACCUCGGAAAGCAUGAGCAGACUCGAAAACCGACCACUUCGUCGGCUGCUGGAAGAAAGCUGGACUCUGUUAUUGCGGUUGCCGCUGUGUUUGCAUUGAUCAUUUGUAGUGUUUUAUGAGCUGUGCUGGCUCUGUAAACCUUCAUGUCAAACCAGCACUGGACUGGGAAUUGAUCAAUCACCUUCCUGUACAGAUAUUUUAGUAGACAUUAUGCACGAAUUAAAGGAUUUUUCUUUUUCUUUUUUUU